AUAUCUCAAUUGAUAUCGAUAAACUAUAAAUCAGUAAGUGUAUCUUGUUUAUAAGGACAAACUACCAAGUUGUGUGUUAUUGAAAAUUAUUCUGUGAUUGUUUUAAUAUAUAAAUUUCUUUUAAUCUGUGUUUAUUGACCUAUUAUGGUUUUGUUAUUAUCUACGUAAAUAUGGUGGGUACAACGACCGAUACUCUAGUUUUCUACGUAAAUGGAAAAAAGGUAAUAGAUCCAUCACCAGAUCCAGAAUGGACUUUACUACGAUAUCUUCGGGAAAAGCUUCGAUUAUGCGGAACGAAAUUAGGCUGUGCCGAAGGAGGAUGUGGCGCUUGUACUGUCAUGGUGUCUAAAUAUGACCGAAAACGUGAUAAAGUCAUUCAUUUAGCCGUAAAUGCCUGCCUGGCUCCAGUUUGCUCCAUGCACGGCUUAGCCGUUGUCACUGUCGAAGGAAUUGGCAGCACCCGCACCAGACUCCAUCCAGUGCAGGAGCGAAUAGCCAAAGCUCACGGAUCACAAUGCGGGUUUUGCACACCUGGAAUAGUUAUGUCCAUGUACGCGCUGCUUAGAAAUUCAUCCCUACCUUCAAUGAAAGACAUGGAAGUCGCUUUCCAAGGCAAUUUAUGCAGGUGUACAGGAUACAGACCGAUAAUAGAAGGAUAUAAAACUUUUACUAAAGAGUUUUCUGGAACCUGCUCGAUGGGAGAAAAUUGCUGCAAAAAUAUUAAAAAUGGUGUCAAUGGUACAUCGGAUGGUACAAAUGGUACUAUUUGAACCAGUAAGUUUACUCCAUUAGACCCUACCCAGGAGCCAAUAUUUCCCCCAGAAUUAAAACUCUCUGACUCACUCGACAAAGUCUCGGUAACUUUUAGGAAUCCAGUAGUGACCUGGUAUCGACCUACCACAUUAUACGAAUUAUUAAAAAUAAAGGAUGAGCAUAACGAUGCUAAAAUUAUUGUUGGCAAUACAGAAGUAGGCGUCGAGGUCAAGUUUAAACAUUGCGUUUAUCCGGUACUGGUGUUACCAAAUCAAAUUCCUGAAAUGACUAAUAUUGAAGACCUAGGAAGUACAAUAAUGGUUGGCGCCUCAGUCACUCUAUGCGAUAUGGAAGAAUAUUUAAGAAAUGAAAUUGACACAAAACCCGAACAUGAAACGAGAAUAUUCAAGGCGAUCGUUGAGAUGUUGCAAUAUUUUGCUGGAAAACAAAUUAGGAACGUAGCAGCAGUUGGUGGCAAUAUAAUGACAGGUAGUCCAAUUUCUGAUUUGUGCCCAAUCACCGCAUCUGGAAUUGCUCUGGAAGUGCAAAGCUUGAAACGCGGAAGAAGGCUUGUGAAUAUGGGUGAAGGAUUUUUCACUGGAUAUCGACGGAACAUUGUAGCACCUGAUGAAGUUUUGAUUAAUAUUCGAAUACCUCGCACUACAAAAGAUCAAUUCUUUAUUGCUUAUAAACAAUCGAAGCGUAGAGAAGAUGAUAUAGCUAUUGUAAAUGGGGCUUUUGAUAUUACAUUUGAACCUAGGACUACGAUAGUGCAAAAAGCGAAUUUAGCUUAUGGAGGGAUGGCGCCUACAGUAGCCAUAGCAAAAAAAGCACAAGAGUAUUUGAUCGGGAAAGAGUGGAAUGCCGAUAUAUUAGAAGGUGUUUACGAAAGAUUGAUUGAGGAUCUACCUUUAGCUGAUAGUGCUCCUGGUGGCACGAUAAUGUAUCGUCGUUCUUUGACAUUAAGUUUAUUCUUUAAAGCUUUUCUGCACAUCAGCCAAAUUUUAGAAUUAGAUGUUCCAGAUACCGAAAAAAGUGGUGCACAUUUGUUUAAAGGCCACAUUCCAAAAAGUUCGCAAUUUUAUGAGUUACCACCUCCAGGGCAGGUUACACGUGAUCCAGUAGGUAGACCCAAAGUUCAUGUUUCGGCGUUUAAGCAAGCGACAGGGGAAGCUGUAUAUUGUGAUGACAUACCUCGUUAUGAUCAAGAAUUAUACCUUGGCUUGGUGCUCAGUACGAAAGCCAAUGCACGUAUAAAAUCAAUAGAUCCGAAACCUGCUUUAGAUAUGCCUGGGGUGCACGGAUAUUUCAGUGCUAAGGAUCUAACAAAACAUCAAAAUACAGUCGGACCAAUAAUUCAAGAUGAAGAAUUAUUCAGAACAGAAACAGUUACAUGCCAAGGUCAAAUUAUAGGAUGCAUAGCUGCUGAUGAUCAAUUAUUAGCACAACGAGCUGCUAGAAGUGUUAAGAUCGAAUACGAAGAUGAAAAGCCACCUAUAAUAACUAUCGAAGAUGCUAUUAAACAUAAUAGUUUCUUCCCAGGUUACCCUAAAAAAAUUGAGAAAGGUGACAUAGAUAAAGCAUUUGCUGAAGCUUAUGGUAUUGUUGAAGGGCAUUGUAGAAUGGGUGGACAGGAACACUUUUAUCUAGAAACUCAUGCUGCUCUAGCUGUUCCUAAACCAGAAGAUGAAGAAUUAGAAUUGUUUUGUUCAUCACAGCAUCCGUCUGAAAUUCAGCACAUGGUUUCACAUUUGCUCGACAUUCCAAGCAACCGUAUUACGGUGCGGGUCAAGCGCAUGGGCGGCGGAUUUGGUGGUAAGGAAUCAAGGGCGAUGAUGGUGUCCCUUCCUGUUUGUUUAGCCGCUUCUAAAUUGCGCAGACCUGUUCGACUUAUGCUUGAUAGAGACGAGGACAUGGCUAUAUCUGGCACGAGACAUCCAUUCCUUUGCAAAUAUAAAGCUUCUUAUAAUAAAGAUGGCAAGAUUACGGCGUGCGAUAUUAAAAUUUAUAAUAAUGGAGGUUAUUCCAUGGAUUUGUCUUGCUCGGUUCUUGAACGUGCUAUGUUCCAUUUUGAAAAUUCCUACUUCAUUCCGAUAGUUCGUGUUCAUGCCUGGGUGUGCCGUACAAAUUUACCUUCUAAUACAGCCUUUCGUGGCUUCGGUGGCCCCCAAGGUAUGUUUGCAGGUGAACAUAUAGUGCGUCAGGUGGCCCAUGCGUUACGCCGUGAUUAUAUUGAGGUAAUGCGCUUAAACCUCUACACUGAAAAGCAACUAACUCAUUACAACCUGCUGGAAUACUGCAGAUUACAAAUGUGCUGGGAUGAAUGUCUCAAAAACGCGAAUUUUGAUCGAAGGCGAUCCCAAAUCGCCGAAUUUAACAAAACGAACCGUUGGAGAAAACGUGGUAUUAGUGUUGUACACAAGUUUGGUAUUGCUUUCACAGCAUUAUUUUUAAAUCAAGCUGGUGCGUUGUUACAUAUUUAUAAAGAUGGGUCCGUACUCCUUUCUCACGGUGGAACAGAAAUGGGCCAAGGGUUACAUACAAAGAUGAUACAAGUUGCUGCACGGGCUUUAGAUAUUUCACCAGAUUUGAUACAUAUUUCUGAAACUUCAACCGACAAAGUUCCCAAUACAUCAGCCACAGCUGCUAGCGCUGGAUCAGAUCUUAAUGGGAUGGCUGUUUUAGACGCUUGUAACAAAAUUAACGAUCGUUUAUCCGUUUAUAAAAAAUCCAUGCCCGAUAAAGAUUGGUUCGCUUGGAGCACAGCAUACAUGGAUCGAGUAGGGCUUUCAGCAACUGGCUUCUACGCGACCCCAAAUAUUGGUUAUGAUUUUGCGACCAAUUCAGGAAAUCCCUUCAACUAUUUUACAUAUGGAGUGGCUUGCAGUGAAGUAGAAAUUGAUUGCCUGACAGGUGACCAUCAGGUGGUUCGUACAGAUAUCGUGAUGGAUUUGGGAUCGAGUAUCAAUCCUGCGAUUGAUAUCGGUCAAGUUGAAGGAGGUUUUAUGCAAGGGUACGGAUUAUUCACUAUCGAAGAGAUGAUCUAUUCCCCGCAAGGUAUGGUGAUGUCAAGAGGACCUGGUGUUUAUAAGUUGCCUGGUUUUGGAGAUAUUCCAACAGUGUUUAACGUAUCGCUUCUGAAAGGAGCUCCGAACCCUAGGGCUGUAUAUUCUUCAAAGGCUGUUGGAGAGCCUCCUCUAUUUUUGGCGUCUUCCAUAUUCUUUGCCAUAAAAGAAGCUAUUUCAGCUGCUCGGAGUGAUUCUGGUUUGAACGAAUAUUUCUAUUUAGAAUCUCCUGCAACUGCAGCAAGAAUACGCAUGGCUUGUCAAGAUAACAUAACUCGCAAGUUUGUAGCAGCAAAGGAAGGUUCGUUUACACCUUGGAACGUUGUGCCAUAAAUAUAAAAGUAAC